GAAUCUGUCUCUUAUUUUGAUUUGUACUCCAGUUCAGAUAAAGCACGGCUUUAUCCUCUUGAUUUUUUUAUCCUCUUGACUUUUCCAUGAAAUCUGAGUAAUAUUUACGUUUCUUUGCUUCUCUUUAAUUGUGUCGCAUGCAUUCUGGAGAGAGAUCUGUAUCAUUUCAGUUUGGAAUUGGAUCUCCAUCAACUACCAAACUCGCUGACGAAUACUAACUAGAUCGAUCUUGGAAAGCGAAAGUGAAAAUGGACAACGGAGAUAUUGAAGGUGGUGGUGGUUUAGAAGACGAAUUCCACACCAACCAGAGUGGUCGCAAAUACAGGCCUGUGGUGGCUCACGAUCCCGCCGUCCUUGAGAUGUCCUCCAUUCCUCCCGGAUCCUCCUCCUCCAAUCACCAAUCUAGCCUCAAGAAAAUCAUACCAGGAGGUUCCACCCAAGCAAAAACAAACACGAAUACUGGUGGUGUGAAUGAUAAUAGUACAAAUGGGUCAGAGAGGGAGCACAAGUUGGAAUUGUUUGGUUUUGAUUCCCUUGUCAAUAUUCUUGGUCUUAAGAGUAUGACAGGGGAGCCAGUAGCCGCACCGUCCAGUCCCAGGGAUGGUGAAGAUGGUUCUAUCUCUUUUGAUCGAGAUCGCCCAAGGCCCAAUGACCUUAAACUGGGAACAAUGAUGGGUGUUUUCAUCCCAUGCUUGCAAAACAUACUUGGAAUUAUCUACUACAUUCGAUUUUCGUGGAUUGUUGGCAUGGCUGGUAUAGGUGAAUCUCUAGUGCUGGUAGCUUUUUGUGGAUUGUGUACUUUCCUAACAGGAAUUUCACUGAGCGCUAUUGCAACUAAUGGUGCAAUGAAGGGUGGGGGGCCAUAUUACCUCAUUGGUCGUGCCCUUGGUCCAGAGAUUGGAGUGAGUAUUGGAUUAUGUUUCUUCCUUGGGAAUGCGGUUGCUGGAGCUCUUUAUGUACUGGGAGCUGUUGAAACCUUUUUAAAAGCCGUGCCUGCUGCUGGGAUGUUCAAAGAGACCAUAACAAAAGUUAAUGGCACAGACAUUCCGCAUCCCAUACAAAGUCCAAGUUUACAUGACCUCCAAAUUUAUGGAAUUGUUGUUACAAUCAUCCUAUGCUUUAUUGUGUUCGGUGGAGUGAAGAUGAUCAAUCGAGUUGCACCUGCUUUCCUCAUUCCUGUUCUGUUCUCGCUGCUCUGCAUAUUUAUUGGGAUAUUUUUGACGAAGAAGGAUUACCCUGCCGAUGGAGUCACAGGCUUGAGUUUGGAAAGUUUUAAAGAAAACUGGAGUUCUGAUUAUCAAUUUACUAAUAAUGCUGGAAUACCUGAUCCUGAAGGAAAGGUCUUCUGGAAUUUCAAUGCAUUGGUUGGCCUAUUUUUCCCUGCUGUAACGGGAAUUAUGGCAGGCUCUAAUAGAUCAGCAUCACUUAAAGACACGCAGCGUUCAAUUCCCAUUGGUACACUGGCUGCAACUCUUACAACUACCGUUCUAUAUUUAGUUUCUGUGUUAUUCUUUGGAGCACUUGCAACUAGAGACAAGCUCUUGACGGACAGGCUACUUACAGCUACAAUUGCCUGGCCUUUCCCUGCCAUCAUCUACAUUGGUAUCAUUCUUUCAACCUUGGGUGCUGCUCUUCAAAGCUUGACAGGAGCCCCACGCCUGCUUGCAGCCAUAGCCAAUGAUGACAUUCUGCCAAUUCUUAACUAUUUCAAAGUUGCAGAUGGACACGAGCCUCACAUUGCUACUCUCUUUACUGCAUUUCUCUGUGUUGGGUGUGUCGUUAUUGGGAAUUUAGAUCUUGUCACACCAACUGUAACUAUGUUUUUACUUUUGUGUUAUAUGGGCGUGAACUUGUCUUGCUUCCUCCUGGAUCUUCUAGAUGCUCCCAGCUGGCGACCACGGUGGAAAUUUCACCAUUGGAGCCUUUCUCUUCUUGGAGCAUUACUAUGCAUAGUCAUCAUGUUCUUGAUUUCUUGGUCAUUCACUGUUGUGUCUCUGGCACUAGCAAGCCUCAUUUAUUAUUAUGUCAGCAUUAAAGGAAAGGCUGGGGACUGGGGUGAUGGCUUCAAGAGUGCAUAUUUUCAACUAGCUCUCCGCAGUCUUCGAUCACUGGGAGCUAACCAAGUGCACCCAAAGAAUUGGUAUCCAAUCCCCCUUGUAUUCUGCCGGCCAUGGGGAAAGCUGCCAGAAAAUGUUCCUUGCCAUCCCAAGCUUGCUGACUUUGCAAACUGCAUGAAGAAGAAAGGCCGUGGGAUGUCCAUAUUUGUCUCUAUAUUAGAUGGAGACUACCAUGAGCAUGCUGAAGAUGCUAAGGCAGCUUGUAAGCAACUAAGUACCUACAUUGAUUACAAGCGUUGUGAAGGUGUCGCAGAGAUAGUUGUAGCCCCCAAUAUGUCUGAAGGUUUUCGUGGAAUUGUCCAGACUAUGGGCCUUGGCAACCUGAAGCCCAACAUUGUGGUGAUGCGGUAUCCUGAAAUUUGGCGUCGUGAAAAUCUAAAAGAAAUACCAGCCACCUUUGUUGGAAUAAUCAAUGACUGCGUUGUUGCAAACAAAGCAGUUGUUAUUGUCAAGGGUCUUGAUGAGUGGCCCAACGAGUAUCAAAUGCAGUAUGGAACCAUUGACUUGUAUUGGAUUGUAAGAGAUGGUGGUCUAAUGCUGCUUCUUUCCCAGCUCCUUCGUACAAAGAAGAGUUUUGAGAAUUGUAAGAUUCAGGUCUUCUGCAUUGCAGAGGAGGAUUCGGAUGCAGAAGAACUCAAAGCUGAUGUGAAGAAGUUUCUAUAUGAUCUUCGGAUGCAGGCUGAAGUGAUUGUAAUAUCUAUGAAAUCCUGGGAUGCACAAAUAGAGGGUGGAUCUCAACAAGAUGAAUGGUUGGAAUCACUUACAGCUGCUCAGCAGCGCAUUGCUGGUUAUUUAGCUGAGAAGAGGUCGGUUCAGGGGGAUGGGGAUAAGCUGAUGGCUGAUGGGAAACCUGUAGUCGUGAACGAGCAACAGGUAGAGAAGUUUCUUUACACAACCCUGAAGCUAAAUUCUACGAUAUUGAGAUACUCAAGAAUGGCUGCUGUUGUGCUGGUGAGUCUACCCCCGCCUCCAGUAAACCAACCUGCUUACUUUUACAUGGAGUACAUGGAUCUAUUAGUAGAGAAUGUGCCAAGGCUUUUGAUUGUAAGAGGUUACCGUAGAGAUGUUGUAACUCUAUUCACAUAGUUGCCAGUGGUUUGCGUUCAGGAUGGUAGAUGCAGCAUCCCUACUUGUUCAUAUCUUUAUAUCUUUCCAAUUUUUGUAGUUUAAAUGUCACAUUCAUUCUUUUUACGGCCAUUCUUGCAGAAGUGGCAAUUUUUCUGCCUGUGUAAUAGUCACGGUAGAAACUUGGUAGUUUUUUCAACCCUUUGGGGACGUGCAUUUUAAAUAUACAAGGUAAAAUUGUGGGGUUGAGAGAUCAA